AUGCCAACUCCAAUCCCCGGUUUCCUCCUCCCACGAGGCCCACCUUCAGCAUUGACCGUGCGCGCCCUCCAACGCCAAAGCGCGCGACGCAGCUUCACCUCAACCAGCGCGGCGUUGAGGAAAGCUAGCAAGAGCAACACCAAUGCCAAUUCCAAACCCCGCGUUCUUGCAAAGCCCGACAGAUUCCGCCCGCCUUCUCACCCCCAACGUCUCACGACUCCAUCGCCGAAGAACGCACCCCCAGGCCAACCAUUCGAGUAUGGCCCGCGCACGACGGAAAAAGAACGUGUGCAGCAGAGCAAGACGCAGUACCCGGGAAUGUUCCCACCGGAGGGGACGGUGAUGUUUAAGUUCCUAACGAGCAAGUGGAUCCACAUUUGGAUUGCGAUGAGCGUUCUAAUUUCCUGUGCGGGAUUCACCUUCACAACAAACUUCAAAGCAACCUCGCCAUUCGCACACCUGCUACCAUCCUGGUCGAGUCUGCUGACCUCGCCCGUCGGCACGAUCUCACAGGUAUUCUCUGUGUGGCGCAUGCAUGUGGAACACAACUCGAUGCGCGUGCGGGAGCAACGACACCGUCGGGUUGAGGAUGCCGAGAAGAGAAAGCAGUAUCGUGUUGCGCAUGGGCUUGAGGAGCCGGAGCCUGAGAAGAAGAACGAAGAUAGUAAGGAGGUUGAUUUACAGUCGCCUGUUGCUGCUGUUGAGGGGGCGGAGGAUAAGGAGUUUGUUGAUUGGGAGGGGAAUAAGAGACCUGUUAAGAAGUGGUUGGGGAUUUGGUGA